AUGACAAUCCAAAAGGUUCACGGACGCGAGAUUCUUGACUCGCGUGGAAACCCCACUGUUGAGGUAGAGGUAACGACGGAACUGGGCGUGUUCCGCUCCGCCGUUCCGUCCGGUGCGUCGACCGGCAUCCACGAGGCAUGCGAGCUGCGCGAUGAUGACAAGAGGCGCUACCUGGGCAAGGGCUGCCUCAAUGCGGUGAAGAAUGUGAACGAUGUCCUGGCGCCCGCACUUGUGGGCAAAGACGAGCUGCAGCAGUCGACGCUGGACAAGCUGAUGCGUGACCUUGACGGGACACCAAACAAGAGCAAACUUGGCGCAAACGCCAUUCUCGGCUGCUCGAUGGCGAUCAGCAAGGCAGCGGCGGCUCGCAAGGGCGUUCCGCUGUACCGUUACCUGGCAGAGCUGGCCGGCACAAAGGAGGUUCGUCUUCCCGUGCCUUGCUUCAACGUCAUCAACGGUGGCAAGCACGCGGGCAACGCGUUGCCCUUCCAGGAAUUUAUGAUUGCUCCAGUGAAGGCAGGCUCUUUCAACGAGGCGCUGCGCAUGGGUGCGGAGGUGUAUCACUCGCUGAAGAGCAUCAUCAAGAAGAAGUACGGCCAGGAUGCGGUGAACGUGGGCGACGAGGGUGGCUUUGCUCCUCCAAUCACGGACAUCAAUGAGCCGCUGCCGAUUCUCAUGGAGGCGAUUGAACAGGCUGGACACAAGGGCAGGUUUGCUAUCUGCAUGGACUCCGCUGCCAGUGAGACAUAUGACGAGAACAAGAAGCAGUACAACCUGACCUUCAAGAGCCCUGAAGCGACCUGGGUGACGGCGAAGCAGCUGGCCGAGACUUACGCCAAAUGGGUGAGCGAGUACCCUAUUGUGAGCCUCGAGGACCCUUACGACCAGGACGACUUUGAUGGCUUUGCCGGCAUCACGGAGGCUCUCAAGGGCAAGGCUCAGGUCGUCGGUGACGACUUAACUGUGACGAAUGUGUCACGCAUCAAAACGGCCAUUGAGAAGAAGGCAUGCAACUCGCUGCUGCUUAAGAUCAACCAGAUCGGUACGAUCACGGAGGCCAUCGAGGCAUCCAAGUUCUGCAUGUCGAACGGCUGGUCGGUGAUGGUGUCGCACCGCAGUGGUGAGACGGAGGACACGUACAUUGCUGACCUUGUGGUGGGCCUCGGCACUGGCCAGAUCAAGACGGGCGCGCCGUGCCGUGGCGAGCGCACCGCAAAACUGAACCAGCUACUCCGCAUCGAAGAAGAGCUUGGUGCACACGCCAAGUUCGGCUUCCCCGCAUGGUCGUAG